AUGAAUGUCGAUUCGAAUACCGGGCCGAGCGCCUCAGAUUCAGCGUGUUACCUCGACAGCAUUGCGGGAGGGAAUGUAAGCAGAAAUGCACCACAAGCAGAACCUAGACUGGAAUUAGCGCCUGGAUUCGAGUCUAAGUCAAAAUCCCGUCUUAAUGGCAAUCAACAUCUCCGAGAAUUUGUGCGCCUGCUCCAGUGUGAAUUGUGCCACAAGAUUCUCCAGCAGCCUCUCGCACUGCCCUGUGGAGAAACGCUUUGCCGUUCCUGUUUACCCCCGUUUCGCGAUAGAAGGAAUAUCUCAUACCCAAAUCAACCAAACAGAAGAAAGGGAUUUCUCUGCCCAUUUCAAUCAUGCAAAGGACAGGAGCACUCACUCGCAGAUUGCAACCUGAACAUAACUCUCGCAAAUAUCCUCGCGAUAGUCGACACUGCUUUAUCGGCUAGUGUUAGCGCUUCACUAGAUAAGCAUGGGAAUUCACUGGCUGAGGUUGAUGGUCACGGGGAGGAGUUGGGCAUCGCACCAGCGGCGCUUUGCUUACUUGAAUCGUCGGUUAGCUUAUUGGAGGCGUACGAGUUGGUGCAGGCGGGUCUUUUACCGUUCAACUCUGAUUUUCCUACCCAGAUGGAUGGACGGCUCUCCGACGAAACGAAAUUCCUGGAACAGCAGAUAGUGGGCAGUAUCCUUUUAAGAAUUCGCCCUGAACUUGACUGCCAAGUCUGUUACAAUUUUUUGCGAUUGCCCAUAACAACUUCAUGCGGCCAUACCUUCUGUCAGGUCUGUCUCAGACAGGUCAGAGAUCGCUCAAAUUUAUGCCCAUUCUGUCGUAGAUCACUCUCUCCCUACCAAACGGUGGUGGAAGAAAAGGCAAACCGACGCAUGAGAACACUGCUAUCAUAUUUAUUUUCGGACGACGUAGCAGCGAGAGACGAUCAAGCUGCAGAGGACCCUCAAAAUGAAACAAAUCAAGUCCCGAUCUUUGCUUGCGCCAUGACAUUUCCUCGGGUACCAAUGUUCUUGCAUAUAUUUGAGCCCCGGUACCGGCUGAUGCUCCAGAAGGUCAUUAGUAACGGUAGUAGGUCUUUCGGUAUGGUUUCUCAUCGGCGAGGCCCUGUGCCAUCGGCAGAUGGGGAUUUCGAUGCUCCAUUUACUAGGUACGGCACGAUGCUCUAUGUAACCGAUUUACAGAUGUUCCCAGAUGGCCGGAGCCUAGUAGAAACCAUUGGAACAUAUAGAUUCAAGAUAGUGUCAUACACAUGGCAGGACGGGUAUCCUAUGGCCAUGGUGGAAAGGAUUGAGGAUAUAGCCUACGCAGACGAAGAAAAUAUGGAGAUGAUGGAGCGAAUUCUCGAUGCGACCCCCGGAAACGCCACAGCCCUCGCUAGUUUAUCCCACCUACCAACCCAGGAACUACAUCGACAAGGACUUGAAUUCGUCAAUUCCAUGCGAACCAGCUCGACUGGUUGGUUUACAGACAGGAUUAUUAACGCCUACGGACAACCUCCACAGGACCCAGCUAUUUUUCCCUUCUGGGUCGCUACGCUACUGCCCGUUCACGAAAGAGAAAAAUAUCUUGUUUUGGUUUCUACGAGUGUUCGAGAGCGGUUGAAACUUGUUACAGUCUGGAUGCGGUCAAUGCAGCAGCGAAGUUGGUAUGUAGCAAUCCUAAUUUAUAAUUCUUCCCCCGCUUCCGACGUCUCUUCGCGAGGAUAUCUUGACCCACAAAUCUGUUAA